GGCAGAGCUACCCUCGCUAUGUCGCAGUAGGGUACAAGGGUAAAUGACCUGCCACUUAUAAACAAACAUCCGGAUACUCAUUCUGCUUUCCGUAAGUGUAAGGAACAGACGUCUACUAAAUGGAAGCCGCAGGUAAGAGAAGCAUAAUAUGUCUCAUUCAUUUCCCGUCUAGGAAUUGAACAAUUUCUACUUCCGUCACCUAAUACUUUCACAAUCUACAAUGCCAAAGAACUACGCGCUACACCUGGGUAGACAACAUAAUUGCACCCGUUUCUGAACCAGAAAAAUCACCAUCGACCCCUCGGUGUAUCCAUUCGCCUAACACAAUUAUCGCUUCACCAUGGGUCCACCGCAGCCGUCAUCUAUUCCCAAUGUCCCGCGACAAUGGAGGACUCCUAUCGUUCCCGAAAACGUAAUACGACGCCUCAUUGAUUGUUUAGGCUUACCAGAACCAAAAUCGAUUUUCGUACCACCUGGAUCUUUGGCGUCAACUCCCCAAUACCAUACGACCUACAAGAUCAACUUGCCUCGAGGAUCCAUGAAGUCAUUUAGCUCGUCGAAACCACCCAACUCCGACGGGAGCCACACUCUAACACUCAAAGUAUAUAAUAAGACCAUUCCCGGAACCAAAACAAUGAAUGAAGUAUCUAUAAUGGCUUGGCUAGUUAAAUGCACUUUGAUCCCAGUCCCUUCCGUCGUGUCGUUCGGUGAUGACAAUACCAAUCCUCUUGGUUGUGAAUACAUCCUGAUGGAUACGGGACCUGGUGUCCCUGCCGAGUACCUUUAUAAUUCGUUGGAUGAAUCGAAAAAGGCGCAUAUAAGCCAUUGUGGUGGGUUGAGCAUGAACGCAUCCGGCAGAUUUGUCCCCGGUCCCCUCGUGGAAGAAGGCUUCUGGUAUGAGCCAGAGAUUAUUCAUUAUUGGAGGGGAUCCAAGUCUGUGGCUUCUGCGAACUCAUCUGGUCCAUUCAAAACGUACACCGACUUCUUGAAAGACUAUAUACUAAAGUGCGUUGAAAAUAUCCGCGGACACGAAUCUCUUAAGUGGAUGGAAGACUUGACACCCCGCCUGGAAGCUUUCGCCACUCGCCUAGAAGCAAACCCCGAAGUUUUGAACAAUACGAGAUACGUUUUGACGCAUAGGAACCUGAGCCUCGGAAAUGUCAUCUGCAAUUCUGAAACAGGUAAAAUCAACGCGAUUACAGGAUGGGACUUUUCGGCCGUCCUUCCACUACCGAUGUGGUCAACCGGGAGUAAUUUCCUUUGGAACGGCCAAGAUACACCCGAAUCUAGAGCCGAACAGGAACGCCUCAUCGAUAUGUUCGAACAAUUAUGCGCCGAUCGCGACCCUUCCAAAUGUUUACUCAACAACUCCAGUGAUGAACAUCCACAUUGUCUCUUCAAGUUCAUUUUAAGCCACCUACAUGGGAUCAUCGAAGUUUGCCCUAAAAACCAGAUGAUGGCCGAUGCCAAGAUUUGGCGACAAGCUCUUGAAUACGCGGAUUGGUAA